UCCAAACAUACGGUGCAUCUUGGAUGUCAUCAAAUUAACGUUUCUUAGUUUUCAUUUUAAAAGUUCCAGACUUCUCUGAUUUAUUUUUCUUUUCAUUUGGAAGACUUUUGCUUCCAAUAUUUAUAACCAAACGUUUCGUAUUCGACUAAAAGUUUAUAGAUUCUCAUCAUUUUUUGAGUUUCGAUCAGCUAAAUUUGUAUAUUAGCAAAAAUCAGAUGCUAUGAAUGACAAUUUGGGGUCAGAGAGUGGAUCUGAUAGUGAAAUCAUACAGCCUUCACGUAAACGUAAACGAAGUUAUCGCAGAGGCAAAAAACAAGCAAAGCAAACUCAUGAGUCAGACAGCGAUGGAAAUGAAGAGUUAUCUAAAAGUAAAAAGCAUAUCAAAUUUCAAGAAUCUGAUAGUGAUGGGAAUGAUGAAGAAAUGCAUAAAAUAUAUCCUACAAGACGGGCACUUCAGAACAUGCGUAUGCAGAAUACUGGGAAAAAAAAGGAAUCAAGUCCAGACUAUGCCAGUGAAGAUUCAAUGAUAUUUUCCAAAUCAAACUCUAAACCAAAAUCUAAAAGGAAUAGUAAGAAGCUGGAUGUUACCGAAGAAGGUUUAAACAAUAGUAGUCCCAAAAGUGAAGGUUCUAAAAAGGAAAAAGAUUUUACAAGUGACUCUGCUAGUGACACACAAAGCUCAACUCAUACAAAGCGUACAAGAGGUCCUAAAAAGAGGGGCAGAGCUAGAGGUAAAUCAGAAUCAGCUAAUAAUGAAAUUGAAGCAAAAGAAAACAAAGAACUGAAAUGUCCUGUUCCUAGUUGCAACUCAAUGGGUCAUUUGAGUGGUAAGUUUGAUACACAUUUCACAGUUGCUACUUGUCCGAUAUACCACAAUACAACAGCAGCAGAAUGUGAGGCUAGGUAUAAAGUGAGAAUUCAACAGAGAAUUGAAAGACAGCUAACUGCUGAAUCUAGCGCUUUAAAUAAAUUUGGUUUGCGCAAAAUAGGGCCAACUCCAGAACAGAAGGAGCAAUACAGGCAGCUUUUGGAUGAAAGAAGAAAGUCUUACAAUCCCAAGUCUAAGCAAAAUGAUUCUGCUUCAGAAAAUAAAGAGAUUAAAAUUGUUGAGGAUAAAAGUAGACAGCCUAUACUUGAUAAUUUGGCUCCUUCUUAUGAUGUAGAAUUAUUCAAAGAAGCCCAGGCUUGUGCUGCUGAAGAGCUUGAAGAAACGCUUCGACAACACAAAGAUAAACAUGGCAGAAUUCAUACACUUGAAAUGGGUAGAUAUGAAAUGGAUGUAUGGUAUACUGCUCCAUACCCUGAAGAAUACCAAAUGCUACCAAAGCUUUAUAUUUGUGAAUUUUGUUUAAAAUACAUGAACAGCCAAACUGUUCUGCGAAGACAUGUGGCUAAAUGCAUAUGGCGUUAUCCUCCAGGUGAUGAAAUAUAUCGGAAAGGUAAUAUAUCUUUCUUUGAGGUUGAUGGACAAAAGAACAAAACUUACUGUCAAAAUUUAUGCUUGCUUGCUAAACUGUUUUUAGAUCACAAAACUCUCUACUUUGAUGUGGAACCUUUUCUUUUUUAUGUUAUGACUGAAUCUGAUAAUGAAGGAGCUCAUAUCAUUGGGUAUUUUUCCAAGGAGAAAAAUUCUUUCUUGAAUUACAAUGUCUCUUGCAUUUUAACAUUACCUCCUUACCAAAGACAAGGAUAUGGUCGUAUGCUGAUAGAUUUUAGUUAUUUGUUGAGUAAAACUGAGGAAAAAGUAGGUUCACCAGAGAAACCUCUCUCUGAUUUAGGUUUAAUAUCUUAUCGUAGUUAUUGGAAAAGUAUUCUUUUGGAGUAUUUGAGUAAAUUUGAAGGCAAAGGUAUAUCAAUAAAAGAUUUGAGUCAAGAAACAGCUAUCACUGCUUAUGAUAUUGUUAGCACAUUGCAGGCUUUAAGUCUUUUAAAGUAUUGGAAAGGCAAACAUAUAGUAUUAAAACGCCGAGAUUUAAUAAACGAUUAUUUAGCUAAAGCUAAAGAUCGUAAAUCAGAAAAAGUAAUCGAUAAGGACUGUCUUCGAUGGUCUCCACAUACUCCUAAUAAUAACACUAAUGAACACUAAAUUCGUACACUUAGCAAAUUUGUGUUACAUUUUCUUCAUCUAUUGCAAAAUAAUGUUUGAAUUUUGAUUGUUUUUCAUAAAUUCAAAGCAUAUUUCUUUUAAUGAAUUGCUUUACUGUUUAUUAAAAAUAUCCCCAAAUGCUGUGAAGAUUUUUUAAGCUGCUGUAACUGCAUUAGAAUUAUGCCUUUAAAAAAUUAUCGACAUUGCAUACAUAAUUUGUAAAUUUAUGUGUGUUAUGAAUCUCAAAUAAAAUGUUAAAUGGGUGAUUUCAAAUGUUUGCCUUUACUUCCAUAGUUGUGUCACAAAAGUAUGUUAUAGAAUCUGCUUGGGAUGCAUUUAAUAAGUUCUCAGAGUUAAAAGUUUUUAAGAAUUAUUGUAAAAGCUGACAACUUAUUGCUUGUUUUUGUAUACUGCCAUAUGCUACAGAUGUUUUAAAGGAAACAUGAAAUUUAGACUGGCUCUUUUAAAUACAUAUAAGCUAUUUAAGAUUAUUUUAUGGUAAGAUAUUAAAGCAUUUCAUUUGGGGUUUCAAGUUGUUGUAAAGGAAACGUAUAAAAACAUAUGCAUGUUUGUUUAAUGUAAUGAAAAAACUUUUUAUGGUUAAAAUUUGUUCUUUUGUCAAAAUAUAGCCCAUUUCAUUAUUUUUUGUAAAUAUUCAAAUCAUAUAUAUAAAGAUGCUAGUUUUUAUGAAUGCAUAUUAUUACUCUUUAAUAAUAACAGUGUAGAUGAAUUU